AUGUCGUGGCUCUCCUUCAUAAAGAAGCUAUACUCUCUCGACACUCUGGACACCCGUUUCACCACAUCGACAAGAACUCCCCACAAACUCACAUCCGAAGACUCAAUAGCAGACUCGAAACUCCCUGCACAACAAGUGGUACAACCAGGAAAGGAUCAAUCUUCGUUAGGAGCUCAGCCGUCAAAAUGGAAUACUCCAGAAUUCUACUUUUACUAUCUCUGCUUCCUUACCAUUCCUGUCUUCAUGGUGAAGGCUGUGUAUGAUGUUUCUCAAGACGGCUGGAUCCCUGGCCGCAAAGUCUAUGCUGGAUUCCGCGACAACAUUCCUUACAUGACACUGCUUCUAAUUUUGCAUCCACUACUCCGCAAGGCCUACAACUCUUUCUGGCGCAUUGACUCAUAUACCAAGUCUGUUCCCUCGAACAGCAGAAACCCUGGAUUGACACAGGGCUUGAGCCCUUCAGCUGCUGCAGAUGCUAGAAUGGAGCACAGGAUAUCUUUCGAUGUCAUGUUUGCUGUCAUUUUCAUAUUUGCACUGCAUGGAUUCUCAGCGUUGAAAGUCCUUUUUAUCCUGUACGCCAACUACAAAUUGGCCACUCAGCUUCCUAAAGCAUACGUGCCUGCUGCUACAUGGACCUUCAACGUCGGCAUCUUGUUUGCAAACGAAUUUGCUUCUGAGAGAGGCAACCAAACUCCUGGAUGGGCUGGUUGGGUUGAUAGCUAUGGCGGCAUUUUACCACGCUGGGAGAUCCUUUUCAACAUUACUGUGCUUCGCCUGAUCAGUUUCAACCUUGAUUAUUAUUGGAGCUUGGGUGCCCCUGCUUCCAUCGAGAAGAAACAGCUUGAUCCCUCGAAUCUAUCAGAGCGUGACAGAGUUUCUGUACCUGCUAAGCCAGCAGACUUUAGCUUCCGCAACUAUCUUGCUUACGCUCUGUACUCACCGCUGUACCUUGCAGGACCUAUACUGACAUUCAACGAUUACAUCUCGCAGUCACGCUACCCGCUUGCGUCAAUCAGUACCAAGCGCACCUUGAUGUACGGUGUUCGCUUCCUUAUCUGCGUCCUCACCAUGGAGUUCUGCCUUCAUUUCCUCUAUGCUGUGGCCAUCAGCAAAGCCCAGCCAGCUUGGGAGGUCUAUACACCGAUGCAACUGAGUAUGCUCGGUUACUUCAACCUUCAUAUCAUCUGGCUGAAGUUGUUGAUUCCCUGGCGUUUCUUUCGAUUGUGGUCACUCGUGGAUGGUAUUGACCCACCUGAGAACAUGGUUCGUUGCAUGAGUGACAACUACUCAGCGCUGGCCUUCUGGCGAGGUUGGCACAGGAGUUUCAACCGCUGGAUUGUCAGAUAUAUCUAUAUCCCCAUUGGUGGCAGUGGACAAGGCAAAGUGCGUGCCAUCGGCAACUUCCUCGCUGUCUUUACGUUUGUCGCACUCUGGCACGAUAUCAACCUCAAGCUACUUAUCUGGGGCUGGCUCAUUACGCUAUUUGUUCUGCCUGAGGUCAUCUGCACACUUCUGUUCCCAGCCAAGAAGUGGAAGGAUAGCCCGGACGUCUACCGCUGGAUCUGUGGUGUUGGUGCCACUGGAAACAUUCUGAUGAUGAUGGCAGCCAACCUUGUCGGAUUCGCUAUCGGUGUGGAUGGCUUGAAGGCCAUGGUUGGCAAUAUCGUGGGUAGUCUUGGUGGGUGGGCGUUCUUGCUCGGUGCUUGUGGCACGCUGUUUGUUGGCGCUCAAGUCAUGUUCGAGGUCCGCGAGAGCGAGAAGAGAAAAGGCAUCAACAUGAAAUGUUAG